AGGGCUUGAGGAGUCACAGGAGGACUGGAGAAGUAAAGAUAGCAGUGAAAGGAGGAGUUGUAUAUCAAAAGAUUAAAAGGAGGAUUUGAGGACGAAAAGAGGACUCGGGAGUAAAAAGAGGAGCUGAGGGUUUUAGGAGAUGGAUCGUAGUGUCAUCCGGCUGACUCACUGUCAGAAGGAGAUCUUCUGUUUCUCAGUGCCGGAGGAAUGUCCAAGCUGUGGGGAGGAGCUGAGGGGGAGCAGACUGCAAGAGGCGCCGGUCAGCCUUCCCUCCCCCCUAACCAAUGGACACAAAACAACCUGCUGCCUGCUGGUCGCACCUGCACACAACAACCUCAACAGAGAGUUCGAUGGGAUGUCAGAGCUGCACACCGGCAUCUCCAACACUACAGGAGUUGUGUAUAACUACACACGUGGCGGAGUUUGUAAAGAUCAGAGUGGGUGGGAGCGCUGCGUCAGUGUUCCUCUGGUCCGACCCGACAUGUUCCACCUGCUGGCUCAGUGGGACCAGUAUCUGGACCGCUUCUCUGAUGGACCCAUGUGGGAUCCCGCCUGGCACAGGUUCCAUGAAGAGGACCAUAACUGCUUCAGUUUCUGUCUUCAGUUCAUUAACAGUGUCCUGACAGCAGAGGGGCGGAGCUCUCUGAGCAGAGACACCUUCACACACAGCUUCAUCCUGCCAAGGAUGAGGAGGGUCUCCAAAUACACAACGCUGUACCAACAUAUCCAGAGACACCAGUACUACAUGGUGGACAGACAAGUGGACAGACAGGAGGACUCACCAGUUAAAUCAGACUUAUUUUAGUAAUUUGGGCUUACAUCAUUGCACGGCAACAGACAACUUUGCAGACACAGAGACAGAAAUUCGGAUAUAAAAGAAAAGUAAAAUGUAAAUCACCACAAACCUCCAAACGAUCAGGAUGGAAAUCUGUACAAAUAA